GGUGUAUAGUAGUUAUCACAAAUAACGAGCAAGAGAAAUUUGGCUGUGCUCAGUGUAAUGAACAACAUACAAAAUAAAUGUUUUUCUACAGAAUAAAUCAUAGUUAACCCAAUCUACAUAAGUAUGCACAAAUGCGUAUAUCAGCAUGCAGAAACGGUUGGCCCUUUUUUAAAAGGGAUAUCUAAUUGUGAAAUUUUGGCUACAUAAAAAUUCGAAACCUACGGUAAUGUACUACAUCCUACAUCUUCGCUUACAAUACAACCUAAUAUCACAAUGCUUCGUCAAAAUAUAUCGAACCACCUUCGCCCAUUUUUAAUGCUUCUGGGCGGAUUCGUAAUAGGAUUUUGUUUCUCACAACAGCUCCGCAGCUCAAAUUGUGUAUUUCGUUUGGGUUUGCCCAACGCCAGUUAUCUAGAUCGAGUUGAGGAAUACGAUGAUCAUGUAGAGCUGCUGCAAAAUGAAGAAAUUCUCCAGACACGGAUUUCUAAUACAGAUGAAAACAGCCUAGCCGCGCAACUAUACAAUGAGACUCGAGUACUCUGUUGGGUGCUAACCAGUCCAAUCAACCACGCAAAGAAGGCGAUACAUGUGAAGAAAACAUGGGGUAAGCGCUGCAAUCGAUUGCUCUUUAUGAGUACGGAGACAGACGAUGAACUGGAAAGUAUAAAAUUACCUGUAAAGGAAGGGCGUGGUAAUUUGUGGAACAAAACAAGGGAGGCGAUGAAGUAUAUUUAUGACAAUCACUUUGAUGAUGCUGAUUGGUUUCUGAAGGCAGAUGAUGAUACGUACGUUAUUAUGGAAAAUCUACGCGUAUUUUUAUAUCCUUUAGACACCAAUGCACCGGUCUAUUUCGGUUGCAAGUUCAAAAAGUGGGUUAGACAAGGUUACAUGUCUGGAGGCGCUGGCUACGUAAUGAGCAAAGAGGCCGUCAAACGUUUCAUGAAUUCCGCCUAUCCAAAUACAACAAUAUGCCAAAAUAGCCACGGCGGUUCGGAGGACAAGGAAAUGGGCAAAUGUUUACAAAAUGUAGGCGUGGUCGCAGGAGACUCGCGGGAUGAACACAAACGUGGACGUUUCUUCCCCUCCGGUCCGCAGGGGCAUCUUAUACCGAAAGACAAAUCAAGUUGGUACUGGCGUUAUAUAUAUUAUAAAACGGAAGAUGGGCUCGACUGUUGUUCAGAUUACGCGAUAUCUUUCCACUACGUACAGCCUUCCUAUAUGUAUGUACUGGACUACCUGAUAUACAAUUUGCGUCCAUUCGGCGUUUUUAGACAGAACACAGGACUGCCAGCAAAACGCAAUAUGACUGAAUUAUUAGAACAUUGGCGAAAUGACAAAUCUGAUAAUCCAGUUUAACGAUUGCUUGGAAAAAACAAAUUUGGUAAACGAAAACCAAGCCCAUGUGAAAAGUGCAAUAAUUGCAUGUGGAAAGGUUGAAACCUGCGCUCUGUAAACAGGUAUAUAUGUAGUAUGCGUAUUUUUACCUAAUAAACCAAGGAAAUGUGGGCCUAUCCAAAUGAGCCUUUAUAUGGGCGUACAUACAAAUUUAGUUAUUUGAAAUUUUAUAAAAGUAAUAAGUAAGAAUUUUGACGGUGCAACUAUACUAAAGAAGAAUAUAGCUAAGUGAUAAAAUGUGAUUUGAAACAUUAGGCGUAAAUAAAUAGGAAUAAAUAAAUGUAAUUAAUUUUGUGCCAAAAUCAUAAUUAAAACCUUAAAAUUGGAAUAGUCCCAUAAUGAAAAAAACAUGUCUAUAUUAAAUACAUAAGUAACACA